UCACGCUGGUCUCGUUGAAGUGUAAGCAAGCAUCCCAAAACCCCAGCAGCGUGUGCUUUCUUCGUUCGUCUCUUACAUCAGGUACAUUAAUUAAGAUAAUACUACUUCUGAAGUGCUGUUGAGGUUAUGGAGCGCCAGGGUCAUGAUUAUGCAACUGCAUCUGCUAUGGCAUAUGCUCAGCAACAACGACAAGCUGCUAAUAUGCAACAACAGCAGCAGUUUGGAUUUCAUCCCCAGCAUCAGCAGUUUCCUUCGUCAAUGCACGGUUCUCCUUUUAUCCCCCCAGGUCCUGGUCCUGCACACCCCCCUAUGCAACAAUUCCCUUAUCAUCCUGCCCUGCAGCAGCAGCAACAGCCACUUCCACAAUUACACCCUCAUGCCCCUCCCCCGCCUCAUCUUCUACUUCAGCAGCAGCAGCAGCAGCACCAAGGACCACCUGCAUACCCUUCGCAUUAUCCUCCUCCUCUUGUUCCAUCUCCGUUUUAUGAUUCUGCUCCUGCUCCGCCCCCGGUUGCUCCCCCUUCUGAUCCCGAGCUGCACAAGAGAAUUGACAAGCUUGUUGAGUAUGCAGUGAAAAAUGGCCCUGACUUUGAAGCUAUGAUAUGUGAAAAACAACGGGAUAAUCCUUCCUAUAGCUUCCUCUUUGGUGGGGAAGGUCAUGGUUACUACCGUUAUAAGCUUUGGUUAUCAACUCGUCCCCCGGGUGGUCCAUUCAACCCGUCUUUUCCAUCAUCUUCCAUGCCCAUGAUGCUUCCUCCAAAUCCAAUGAUGAAUCUGUCUCCUGUAAAUGUUUCUCCGAUGAACCCUGCAGGAAUUGGUUCUUCACCUUCGAUGCUAGGUCCACCUCCUUUCCAACAGUUCUAUGAUCAACAACACCACCAUCAACAUCCUCAGUCUUUUGGACUUCCUGGUCGGCCUGAGUAUGAUCCGUCAUCCAAGUCUUUCAAAGGGAUCUCUGGGCCACUUCCAUCUGAUGUUGCAAUGGAGCUCAGUAAUGUCCUUAACAAUCUGAAUGGUACAAAAGAAUCCAUCAAAGGUGCAAAACUUUGGUUCAUGCAGAGAUCUCCAUUUGCACCAGCCCUAGCAGAGGCUCUUAGAGAUAGAGUCUUUGCAUUGGAUGAAGUUGAGAGACAGUUACACAUAAUAUACCUCGCCAAUGACAUACUUUUUGACAGCUUAAAUCGAAGGACAAGCAAUAGUGACCUUGACAAUGAAGCUCUUGCCUUUAAACCUGUUUUAGGCUCCAUGCUUGCAAGAAUUUAUCAUAAUCCACAAAGCAAUGAGGAAUACAGGAAAAGAAUGCAGCAAAUGGUGGAAUUCUGGUCUUCUAAAAAGGUAUACGAUCAAGAGACUAUAUCUUUACUGAAGGGUGAGAUGAUUGGUGGGCCACAAUCAACUCCUUUUCCCGGGGUUUCAAAGGAUUUAUCUUCUGCUUCAGCAGAGUCAGGUUCAGGAAUACUGCAGACACCUAACUAUGUUGCCCAGCAGUGGCAAACUGAUAGGUUAGGCGCUGGUUUAAGUUCCUUGGAUCAAGAUCGUCCUGAUAAACUUGCAGCUUCAGCACAGUCACUAUCAAUUCCCCUAGUAGCUCAGCAGUUUCUUCCAAGUUCUGCUUCUCCUGGUGCCUUUCCUGGGUCCAUGGCUAUACCAUCUUCUGUUCAACCAGCUAACCAAGCUCCUGGUGCUCAUUUAUUGCCCCUUCCUUCAUCUGACACCCCUGAACAGUUGCCACCAUAUCCAUUAUUCCCACCUGGCCUCAUUCCUGGAAUGGUUAGAAAGAUGCAGAUUGGUAGCGGAGUCCCAUAUUCUCCUUUGAGCCCUUUGGAUAUUCCAACUAUAAUACCACCAUCGACUGUACCGCCAUCAGAAAUUCUUCAAAGAGUGUCAAAAUUUUUUAAAGAAAUUGGAGAGGUAAAUCCUUCUGAGGGCCCUAUGAAUUCCGAUUCAAGAGAUGAAGAUGAUGAAUAUGAUAGAGAAUAUGAGAGGGAGCCUCCAAUACGAAAGGGAGGUGCUUGUAUACCUCCACCCCCAACCUUGCAGGUUGAUCCAGAGACGGGAACCUAUGCUGAUGGAAGUGUAGAACGGAAACCAGGAUCCAGUGGCUCGGGAAGAUUGGGGCUUGGGGCCACAGCUAAUCCCAAUGAGGUGAGUCAGUAUGAUGAUGUAUAUACAUCUUACAGGAAGCACAGAAGCACCAAUUACCAUUCAUCAAUGAGUGCUAGAGCCGCCACAAGAUGAAAGCCUCUAAUUACCUUUUCAUCCAACAUUUCAGAUUCCAGGAUGUUAGACUAGCUCAGUUAGCUUUGUCUUUAUUAAUGUUUUUUUGAAUGGCUGUAGUUGAGCUGACACUUUUGUUUGUUAUUUGCCAAUGGUCAAAUGUGCUUUUUCAGCUGAAUUCAUGGAUUGGAUGUAUCAUUCCUUGACCAAAACUGAAUAUUCCAUAAACUUUAAGUCACACAUGGUAAUGGGAUAGAAAAUGAAUGAUAAUCCCAUUUUCCUCUAUAUUCCCUUCGCUCAAGUUUGAUUUUGGUAUAUGGUUUAAUAGGGUCUUUUAGUCCUUGUAACUCGUUAUCCUUUAUUCAUUUUAGCCUUUUUUUUAAGUUUUAAUGGAUUUUGUUUAAUUGUAUGAUUCAGUGUGCUUGAAUGAGUCAUGCUCUUUUUUUUUUUUUUUUCAGUUCCACAGAACCUUAAUUGACUUACAAUUUAAAGUGAACAUGAUCAAGCAGAUAAACUUGUGAAUUGAGCUGCAUGAUUUGGUGUUGUUGGCUAACAUACUCAACAUGGGCUAAGAAACUGUUUAAGCUGAUGCAGAUGAGCAAAAUCACUCAACUUGACUCGAAACUGACAAGUUAACAGCAAUAGAAAAUUCUUUAACGUUUAUAGCCACCAUGUUGUUUUUGUUUUGUCCUGUGUGUUCGGCUGUGAAGGUCAGCCACUCAGCUGGGACACAUUGAAAAGCAUGUCACUUGCAGUAAUCUUUACUGAAUCUUAUGUACCUAGCUUUGCCUCGCACAAUGCCAUCGAGUCUUUUUCUGAAACUGUUUCAGUAUCGUACAUGUUCAUCAUAUCAAGGACUAAUGGCAAAGGAUUAAUAGAUCACACCUAAAAAUGCCAUAAUUCUGCCAGCCACUCGACUCAGCUCCAUUCCGUUAGUGGAUAAGAUAACACCUCAGUAAGAUGGCACAUGAUUUGAUAGAAAUGAGGUGGGGAGUUGAAAAGGAGGAAUGGGAACACUUAAGCUGAAGCUUGAUAUUGUUUUGUGUGUAUGUUUCUGUUGGCUUUUGGUUUCUAUUUUUUAGGGUGAAAAGAUGGCCACAAUUCAAAAUGUUUUAGCUGUCAUAAAGGGGUCGAAAGAACCUGAUUGAUAUGUUCUUCUUGGGAACCAUAGAGAUGCAUGGACGAAUGGUGCUGUUGAUCCUAGCAUUGGAACAGCUGCACUACUUGAUGUUGCUCGUUGAUUUUCUGCUCUAUUGGGCUCGGGGUGGAAGCCAAGCAGAACUAUAAUUCUCUGCAGUUGGGAUGCUGAGGAAUUUGGGAUGGUAGGUAGUAGUUCCUUCUUCACAACUGAUAUGCAUUGUGGUUCUGUGAAUAAUAUGGAAAAUGACCAGUUUUUUUGGUUUUUAAAAUUUUAAAUUCAUGUUAAUGUCUGCUGUAACCACUUUCAUGAUGAUGUGGUGUCAGUGGUUGUUGAUAAGCUAGCUACAAAUAAUUUUGGACAUUUGGGGUGAAACUCUACUAUUAUUUGUUUAAUUUGCCUAAAUUAAAUGUCGCUGUCUUUCUCUUGAAUUUCUUCUUGAUACGGAUUGCAAUUUUGUUACCUGUUUUCUUCAAUGUGUUGUCAGUUGCCUUCUUCAACAUUCAGAUAUGCUCACUAUCAAAUCAAAUGAGUUUGCUUUAUUUCAAUAAUGGUGUCAUUUCCUGCAAUAUUCUCUCGAAAUCAAGUUUAUCUGUUUAUGUAGAUAGGAUCCACUGAGUGGGUUCAACAAAACCUUAAUAAUCUUCGUUCCAAAGCUGUAGCAUACCUUAAUGUGGACUGUGCUAUGCAAGGUCUUGGUUGCUUUGUUGGUUCAACUCCUCAGCUAGACAGUCUUAUUCUUGAGGUCAAGGAUCCUGACUCUGAGGGUGUAUCAUGAGAAUUGGGUGGCUGCUGGCGGAGGCAAUAAUGUAAUGCUUUUGUCACUACUUGCCAAGUGUUUGUUUGCUCACAUCUCAUAUAUGUUUCGUCUGAUACAAUUGUUAUGAUGUUCCAGAGAACCAUGAUCUCUUGAUUAUCUUUGUUGCUUUAAUGCACCAGAUCCUACAGUUAUUCAUUAUUUGUCCGUUACUGAUCAAACUUGUCUUGGGUUUUGAGCUGGCAUAUAGCUAAAAUUAGUUUGAUAAUGAAUAGCUUAUAAUUGGGGUUUCUCAAGGUGCUUGAGUUUUGGCAACCCUAGUGUGUAAAGCUGAAACUGAAUUUAUAGGUGAUUGGCAUUCUUUUGUUUCCCUAUAACAGAUUUAUUUUAUUUGUAGGAUAUGAUAUCUGACUUUUAAAUGGAGCAACUUAAAUUUUAUAGCCGUAUUAUGAUAAUGUGUUUUUGCCAUGCUUUUUCCAAAGUGGGUUUCAAUUUUGUUGUUCUAUUUGGUAGCCACUUUUGUUUGAUUGCGCAGAUUCAAAGGCUCAGUGGAGUUGAUUCUGAUUUUGCUCCAUUUGUGCAGCACGCAGGGGUUCCAUUCAUUUUGAUAUGUAUUAUGGAAGAGUUAUGUAUCUCAUGAUUCACUGUCCAGUCCCAGAUUCUUUAAGCAUAUUGUUUUGUGAUACAAAAUUAAAUUAUUUCUAGCUCACAGGGCCGUGUCUAAAACUUUCUAGGCCUGAGGCAAAUUUUAUACUUGAAUUUCCCCAUCUAUCACACUGCGUUCGACUCCUAUAACUGGAUGGCAUAGUAUUGAGAUCCAUUCUUCCACCGCCAUGUUACUGUUGUACAAAAACACGUUGAGCAACUUGAUAGACCAGAAAAUUUCUCUACAUCCAUUAACCCUUUCAAUUGAAGAAUCUGCUUCUGCUGCCAAAGAAGCCGAUGAUGAAUUAAAGGUAAAGCCAAAAUAACCGCAAUGGUUUUCAUAUAUUGUUUCUUAUGUUGUAAACACUCCAACUUGUUUCCAAUUGCCAUGCAUUUAUGCUUGUCUUUCUUUUGAACCAUAAAAACUGAGAUUGCAAGAAACUGAAGGUUGUUUGGUAGAUAUGAAAAAGCGAGCAUUGAAUGAUAGACUAAUUGCGGAAAAAGGCUUCUUGGAUGCAGAUGGACUUCAAGCAUCUCUCGUGUUUGGGCCUUCAAGCAACCAUGGGAGGUUAAUUUCUUCCCAGGGAUUUCUGAUUCUAUCACUAGGUCGUCGGCUAUCAUCAAUUCAAUAUGAGAUUUGGAGGGUUGCCAAAGCAAUUCGUAGAGCUGCUGGUGCUGCACUCAGUGGAGAAUUCACCUAAAAACUAAUGGGAAAAAGUCAUACAGAGGAGAAUGGAGAUGGAUGAAAUCUUGUACUUGAGUUACCUGUAAAUAUUAGCGUUUCUUUUAACACGAGCAGAGUAGUUAGUUAAUUAGUUAGCUUAUCUGCAUAUUGUGGUACAUAAUUGUACAUUAAGUUUUCUAAAAGGAGAUGGAUAGAUAUUCCAGCCGUUUGAAGAAAUGUACACGGUGACAGCAGAUUUUGUGCUUCUUAUAAUGAAUGAUCUGCACAAGUUUUUCUA